AUGGGUACCGACAAGAGAAAGUACGCGCACCGUUUGCGCACGUUGGCGCGCGAGGCCGCGAUGCCGCAGUGCUGUCUGUACACGCCUGCCGACGAGUGCAAUCCGACGCCGACCGUUGACGGCAUCGAGAUGGCUUCGAAGUCUCUCUCGCCCGAUACCUUGACGGCACUCACGACCAAGUACGCUGGCCGCGUCCCGGCCGACGACGUCAUUCUCCGCGAUGUCUACGCCACCGCUGACUACGUGGAGGAUUCCUGCCUCCUCGGGGGACUCGGCAUUGGACAUGCGUGCAACGAGUACGGCCUCAUGUUCGACAUGACGCUGGCGCAUUUUGCAAUCGACUUGACCGGCGACGCAUCGACGUUGACGCCGACAACGGAGCCACCGCCCCACACCUUUGCGACGGUCGUCUACUUUUUCCCGUCCAACUGCGUCGGCGGCGCCGUCACGAUUGCACACGAGCACCGGACGACGACAUUCGAGGCGCUCGACGGAUGCUUUCUCUCGUUCUACAGCACGUGUGACGUGACAGUCGCGCCCAUCACGUCCGGACACCGGUCUUUUGCCGUGUACUACGCCGCCUACCACACAAGCGACGACGAUGUGUUUACCUGGAACGCACCCACGCCACGCUUCGCGCCGCUGCCACUGCCGUCGAUCCAAGAGCUCCAGCGUGCUGCUCACCACUUCGAUCCUCAAGGCUACCAUGGCGUCGCGAUCGGGCUCGAGACGCGCGGCUUGACGCCGACGUUUGAUUCGCUCACGGGGCAUGACAAGGCGGUCGUCGAUCUGCUUCUGGCAGCCGAUGUCUUUGACAUUGCACUUGUGCGCGCGGGUGAAAACGACGAGAGCAAAGGCAUUCUGUCGCUGAUCGAGACGUUUCAUCCGCGAUGCAAGACCCCGGCGCUCGUCCAAGAGGUCUAUCACCAGACGCCGAUCAACGAGUUUGCCGCCGACAUGGACGAGAUCAAGUCGCCCGGCUGCUUCCUUCUCGUGUGGCCCAAGGCGAAUCGCGUGCGCAUGUUGGGCUACGACCGCACGCUUGGGCUCUUGCACGCCAAUGUUGACGGUGACGUGACCGAGCACCUCGGCUACGGGUCGCUCCAAAGCAUCUUUGAAGCGGCUUUUCGCUUCUUCUACCCUCGGCCCGAACAUUGCUUUGGCCGCAACCCACCACCGCAAAGCACGUACGCGAUGGCAUCCUUACUCUACGACUACGGCGACCUGCAUCUCAUUGAGACGUUCUUGGACGUUCACGACCAGUGGGCCGACAACGAGACCAUGGCCAACUGGAUUGUCACGGUGGUUCGACGCUUUGGCGCACCCCAUUUCCAGCACCGACUCCGAAAGGCCGACGUCUCGAUCUCUUUUGGGGCUCAAUUGGUGCAUCUCGCGACGGCUGGCGACAAGCUCGCGCAGACGAUCGCGUGCGACUGCAUCCCAGUGUGGUGGCCUCGCUUGCUGAACAAACUCUCGGCGACCGACUGCGCUGGGAAGAAGAAAGGGCUGUUUUAUCUCUUUGACAUUGAAACAUACCUGCUCGAGCACCCGAUUCACAUGGCGGCGUCGACGCACCUCCGCCGUCGGCACUUGCCCGAUGUUCUCGUGCGCAAGGUGGCGACAUACCUCACACCGCCGCUCGCGUCGCUUUUGCAGACUGUUCGAGCCGACAAGUGCCUCAUGAGCUGCCUUCCGGCCGUCGUGUGGUCGCGGCAAGACUCGCUGUGUAGUGAGCGCCUCGCAAAGUGCAUUGACCUCGCCGUCGAGUAUCUGCGCUCGGGCGACGAGCGCGCUAGCUGCUACAAGGGUCACGUGCUGUACCUGGCGCUGCUGACCGCCGGGACACCAGCCUAUGCUGUCGUCGACGCCGACAUGCAAACGUGGCGACACUGCUUUGAUUUCAAGGGCGCGUGCACUGGCGUCGACAAGAGGCCAUCAUCGACGGCGAUGGACAUGCCCUUCUUGGAAGAGUACAUGCACGAAGACGACGAAGAGAUUUGA